AGUUACUAGACCUAGUAGCCUAGUGUAAACCUUUACUUAGUCUACGACUAUCAAGAAUUAGAUCUAUAUUAGAUCUAUCACCAAUCAGUCGAAUGUCUAAUUUAGUGAAAUAGCAGUCACCAACUAGAAUAAUAUAGGACCUAGGUGUAGAUUAAAGAUAUAUAUUACUAUAUCAUUGCUUGAACCGAUUGGGGAAUAGCCAAGACACUGCAUCAAGCCAUUGUUUUUGGAACUAAAUUUUUUAAAUUAAAAUCAAUUUAUCAUAUAUAAUAGUUCAAAUUGGUAAAGUUGUGUAUAGGCAGUUUUAAGCUGCCAUGGGGCAAACUAAAGGAUUGCCACCAUUGUUUCCACUUGUAUUUUUUGUUUUUUUUCACAUCAACACAGAGGUUUCAGCACAAAAUGCCUGUGGUAAUGAAUCUACAAUAGUCAUCAAGUUUCCAGAGAGUGAUUUAAAUUCUUCUCUGCCAUUUUCAACUAACUAUAUACAAAGUGUGUUCACAAAUGGACAACCAGCAAGAGUGGAUGUCAACUUUGACCCUGGAGACAAAAUAUUAACUACAAGAUAUCCAUUCAAUGACUUUUUUUCAACUUCAUUUAAUCCAACACUAAAUGCAUUCCAAGUUACAAUGAUUAAAGGCAUUGACAGAGAUGGUGCAACUUCUAGUACAGAAGAUGAUGUGAAUAUUCUUCAGUAUCAGUUGGUAUGCUUUCCAGAUGCUGCUUCUAUUACUUCUAAUUCAGCUAUUUAUAGAGUACUGAAGAUUCAAAUUCUUGAUGUAAAUGACAACACCCCUGUAUUUGUUAGUUCACCAUAUUCUAUAAGUGUAAAUGAGUUAACUCCUGUUGGUGUGACUGUCUUCCGAGGAAUCAGUGCUACAGAUCUUGAUGAAGGACCUAAUAAGCAAAUUUUCUACAGUUUCAGUUCCGGACCUUCUCCUCUUAAUCUUAAUGGCACACUCUACUUCAACUUACCAUCAGAACAAGAAGGUAUAGUUGGUGUUUUGGCUCCACUAGACUUUGAAAGUAUGUAUGCCGCAGCCCAAGGAGAUGUUUCAAAGGUCUACUAUAAUAUAAUUAUUACUGCUAGAGAUAAUGCAAGUCCUCAAUCUGCUCAGAGAGCCAACCAAACUACUAUAAAAAUAACAAUUACUGAUGGAGAUGACCAAGGUCCAGAAUUUAUUUAUCCAAGUUGUAUCCAAAGCUCACAACCUACCAGCAAGUCGUGUAUCAGGCCAAAGUAUCUGACUUCAGUCACUUCAGGAAACUCUUCAGCUAAAAGUCUAGAGUUCAUACCCGACCCUCCAGAUACUGCAAACCCAGCAUCCACGGUUUUAAUCUUAAUGCAAGAUAGAGACACUUUGAACUCAAAUGUAGCUUGUAACAUUAGUCGAACUGAACCAGCAGGAUAUGAAAGUUAUUUUAGUGUCAGCUAUAUUCCCCAAUACAGUGGUAAACAAAGUCGAUGUGUUAUAGACAAAGUAGCUAAUAAACCUUUAUUCAGAACUAAUAUGACAAGUUUGGAACUAGUUAUUGAGGCAGUUGAGCUGUCACCUACAGCAAGAGUGGACUACGCUACAGUAGUGGUGUCUGUUGAGUUGGCUAAUUUAAAUCCACCAAUCAUCACCUACAAUUCAAACACAGGCUACAUCUAUGAGAACUCUCCAGUUGGGGCUAGACCUUUUAUUGAUGCAACAGCCAAUACAACACUUCUCAAGUUAACUUUUACAGACCCUGACAGGUCUGCUUCAGAUCCUCAAGUUCCAUUUACCAUUACAACAAACCCAACAACUACAUUUGGUGUCACACAAGAUGGAUAUGUUGUAUUAACUAGUGCUGCUCUUGAUUUUGAGACAAACAAAAUUUAUACUUUUACAGUGACUGUCACCAAGCCAACCUCACCCUUCUUUUCAGCAAGCACAACUGUGACUAUCAAUGUUUUAGAUCUCAACGAUAACAGUCCCAUUUUCACAGCACCAGAAAAUUAUAUUACAUCUGUACCACAAGGGGACUAUGCAACACCUCAGAUUAUUCUUUCUGUGUCAGCCACUGACCUUGACUUUGGACCACCAGAAUACACCUUGACAAGUGUUGCACCUUCAAAUGCUACUAACAAGUUUGCUGUCAACAACCUCAAUGGCUCAGUGAGCCUACAGGGUUCUGUCAGGGCUGGAGAAGUUUAUAGAGUUUAUGUCACUGCUACUGACAAAGGAUCACCUGCAAGAAGCACACAAGCUGUUGUUUUGGUCACUGUUACACCUCCAAGCAACCAGGCACCUUUUUUCUCAGCUAACCAGUAUAUUAUAUAUGUCAGUGAAGGCGUACUCAAUGGUUCUUCACUGUUUACUCUACCCGUAUCAGAUCCUGACACGCCAUUCUCUUCCUUAACAUUUACACUGAGUCAGGAAAGUCCUGCACAGGCAAACACUUUCUUUAGCUUAAAUGGAGCAACUCUGGUGAAUGUCAGAACCUUUGAUAGAGAAACCAUUCCUGAGCAUAACAUCACUGUCACAGUCAGGGAUCCAAAUUCCAAUACGGCGUUCGCCCAAGUUAUUGUAAGAAUUACAGAUAUCAAUGACAAUAACCCAACUUUUGCUCAGUCAGCCUACCUAUUUAAUGUGACAGAAGGACAGGCAGUUGGAACACUUUUGGGCUCUGUUUUGGCAACUGACAAUGAUCUACCAAACAGUCCAAACUCAGCUAUUACCUACAGCAUUGUACUAGCAACAGAUUCAUAUUUAUUUAACAUCAAUGCUGGCACCGGACAACUGACUACCAACUAUGUUUUUGAUUAUGAGGUCAAAAAACAAUACAUCAUUUUAGUAAAAGCUUCUGAUGGUGGAAGCCCAAGUCGUGAUGCUGUUGUGCCAGUUACUAUAAACAUCCUUGAUGUGAAUGACAAUAUUCCAUUAUUUGAAGACACAAGUAGAGAAGUCUAUAUCUAUGAAAACAUUGUCAAUGCUCCAGUUGUUUCUUUGCUUGCUUCUGAUGCAGACAGUACUCCAAGUAUAACUUUUGUUCUGCGUAAUAUUGGAGGGAAUACAGAUUCAGAUUCAUUCAAUGUUCAGACUAUUGGAUACCGUGCCAACAUAACAGUGAAAGGUUCACUGGACUAUGAAAUUAAAAAUUUGUAUCAAUUUAUACUCACCACUGUUGAUGGGCAAAAUUCUGCUUCUGUCUUUGCUUCAGCAACAAUCACAGUUCAUGUUCUGGAUGUCAAUGACAAUGGUCCAAUAAUUGGAACCUUUAACCCUUCUGUGACCAUACCAGAGACAGCAUCUGUUGGUUCUGGGCUUGUCACUAUCCCAGCCACAGACAGUGAUUCAACGGCUCCAAACAAUGUGCUGCAGUACAGCAUUAGCAGCACUUCUCCAAGCAGCAAUCUGUUUUACAUUCAGCAGAAUGGUACACUAUUUGUUGCCAACUCUCUACAGCUGGAAAGGACUAUAAAUGUUUAUACAGUGAAUGUCCUGGUGUCAGACAGAGGCAUACCAUCAUUAUCAAGCAGUGCUACUGUCACAGUCAACAUAGUCAGGAACAGGCCACCAACAUUUAAUGCCACUAGCUACACAUCAUCUCCAGUGGAUGAAAAUGCAGGAACCAAUGCAGUAGUAACUAGUGUUACAGCCACCGAUCCAGACACUGGUGGCCAAUAUCCACAGUUUGCUGGUCUGACCUACAGCUUACUUCCAGAUAGUAAGAUAAUCAGCUUGUUCCGCAUUGAUUCCGGCACUGGUACUAUAAGAGUGAACUCUAACCUUGCAUCUGUUACAGACAAUGCAUUAGUGCUGAGUGUAAUAGCCACAGAUGGUGGUGGUCUAACUGCUACAGCUACUGUGACAGUUUCUAUUAAUAGAAACCUGUAUUCACCUGAAUUUAUAAAUGUGACUUAUGUGAAAGAGAUUCCUGAAAAUUUUGCUUUGGGAGAUUCCAUUGUUCAGCUCGUAGCUCGGGAUUUAGAUGCCAAUAGUCCAUGGAACAGUUUGGUCUACACUAUAGAUAGUGAUCCUCUAGCUCAACAAUAUUUCUUGGUCAACUCAGAUGGAAUACUACGACUGAAACAAUCUCUGGCUUUGACCAAUAUUUCUGAAUUCAAUAUGGUCAUAUCUUUGCAAGACCGAGGGACGCCACCAAGGUCUGGUGUUAACAAAGCAAAUGUUAAAGUUAUCGUGACGAGAAAUUUGCUAAGUCCAAUUUUCUUUAAUGAAACUUACCGAGUGACCAUUCCUGAGAAUCAGGGCGUUGCUUCCAGCAUCAUCAAAGUUUCAGCAACAGAUGCUGAUGUCAAGUACAACAAAUUGGUCUAUUCUAUAGUAGGAGAUCAGACUGCUGCUUCAUACUUUAACAUUGAUCCUAAUGAUGGAACUAUAAGAUUAGCACAGGCUCUUACUGGCACACCCAUUAACUCAUUUGUUAUCCGUGUUGUGGCCACUGAUGAUGGUCCUGUUACUAGGAGUGGAUCAGCUCUUGUGUUUGUUGAUGUUACACGAAACUUGCAGAAACCUAAUUGGAUUUCAGGUCUCUCCAACUCUAUUACCAUACCUGAAAACCUUGCUUCUGGGACUUCUGUGUACAAAGUAUCUGCCACUGAUGCAGACUCACAGCCUCCCAACAAUCAGAUAGACUACUACAUCAUCUCAGGGGGAGAGUACUUCCAGGUGGACCCUUCUACAGGAGACCUCAAAGUCAAAGUUCCAGUCUUCACAGAUCCAACCAAUGCAACAUCUUAUCAGGUGACUUUAGUAGCCAAAGACAGAGGCACACCAUCUCUACAGUCUGACCCAUUCACUAUUACAGUAAAUGUACAGCGCAACUUGUAUGCACCUAGAUGGGUCGGAACUCCUUACAACUUUGGUGUUUCAAUAAAUGUGGCUGACAAUGCUUUGGUACAGACACUCAACGCAAGAGACGACGAUGCUGCUCCAUUCAAUCAAUUGUCAUUUGAUAUCAUUCCUUAUCCUGGAUCAUCAUCAUCUUACUUUACAUUUACUAAUGCUGGAGCAACAUCUGUAGAUCUGAGAGUUGUAAAUGGAAAUAGCAUCAACGUAGAUACUCAAACACAGUAUUAUCUUUAUGUACGUGUUCAAGACAAUGGAUCCCCUCGAAAAUAUGACAUUGCUCUUGUCACUAUUACAGUCAACAGAAAUUCAAAUCCUCCAAGAUUCACUACGAAUACUAAGACUAUCACCAUCAAUGAAAACAAUCCUCUUGGUGGUGCAAUUUCUGACUGUUCGGCUACCGAUAAUGAUCCUGGGCUUAAUGGAGAAAUUGUUUACUCUUUGGUUUCUAGCCUGCCAGCGUCAAACUAUUUCCAAGUGCUUGAGACCACUGGUAACAUUAUAGUGCAGAGAGAUCUGCAUUUAGACACAUCCAGCAGCUAUGUCCUUUAUGUUACUGCACGAGACAGAGGCACACCUUCACUUGUAGCUACCUCAACCUGUACUCUGACAGUAAAUGUUGACCGUAACUUGUAUCCACCAGUGUUUGUGGACUUGCCUUAUGACAGAACACUCAACACUGGUGUAGGUGUUAAUGCUGCAGUUGUUGAUGUGAAUGCGACUGAUGCUGACACAGUGAGUCCAUUUAAUAUUGUGAACUAUGAAAUUGUACGUCAGACUGUGGAUGGCGCCUUCGCUCUGAACAGAGUUACUGGACUUCUUACAGUUAAUUCAUCUUUAACACAGUCAUCCUACACUAUUGCAGUCAGAGCUUAUGAUGGUGGAAGUCCUCCAUUGUCUGCCUACAAUGUCUUUGUUGUAACUGUCAAUGGAAAUCUUCAGAGUCCACAGUUUCAGGAUCCUGGAGCAGGUCAACAAUAUACAAAAACUGUUGAAGUUCUAGAGACAAUUGGUCUUCAGACUCAAAUCACCAGUGUUUCAGCCUCGGAUGGAGACACUGGCGUUGCUGGUCAAGUCAACUAUUAUUUACUAGGUAACAAUGCAGCCUUGAUGUACUUCUUGGUGAACCCUGACACUGGAGCAAUCACCCUGAGGACAUCAUUACUUCUUGACACAGCUUCACAAUACACUCUAAACAUCAUAGCCAGAGACAAAGACCCCAUACCAAAACAGUCUCCCACCACAGCCACUGUCAUAGUCAAUGUGUACAGAAACAUAUAUACACCACAGUUUACUACCAACUGUAGUAGAACAGUGAAUGAAAAUCUGGUCCCUCCUCAAACUUUGACUUCAGUCACUGCAACAGACUCUGACAGACAAAAUACCUUUGAGAAAGUCAGUUAUGAAAUCAUUGGAGAUGGAGAUGCCCCUGGAUAUAUCCAAUUCAGCAAUACUAGUGGCAUCAUAACUCUAACAAGUUCACUGUCUAACUCAGCAGCUACAAUCCUUUAUCUAAGAGUUCGGGCUUUUGACAACGGAGUUCCACCAAAAACUAGUACCACAGUUUGUGCUAUAAGUAUCAACAAAAAUCUGAACACUCCACAGUGGACUACCACACAGUACACUUACAAUGUCAAUGAGGAGCAAGGCCUUUAUGUACCAAUUGGACAACUGGCAGCCACGGACGGAGACUCCCAGGCUCCUUACAACACUGUGACCUACUUCUACAGUCCAGUCAGUUCAGCAGCUCUAGAGUAUUUCCGUGUGACUCCUGAUGGGGAAGUGUCUGCUAUUAAAAGUCUGAUUGGCUCAUCACAAAAUUCUUACACUUGGACUAUGGGAGUACGUGAUCGAGGAACCCCACCUCUGACUAAUACUGUAACUGCUACAGUGACUGUCAACAUUCUGAGAAACAACAAUCCUCCAAGUUUCACCAACUGUCCCAUUUCUCAAACCCUUCAAGAAAGUGCAGCAGUGGGGACAAGCAUCUUCCAGUUGUCAGCCUCAGACUCUGACUCUCCCACUUCAAAAUAUGGAAACAUCACUCUACAGAUCAUUGGAGAUGAUAAUGCAGGCUCUUUUUUUACCUUGAACUCUCAAAACUAUAUUGUCCUGAAUAGAAAUCUUGCUACUGAUAAUGCUACAAGAUACCAACUUCGUGUCCAAGUAGCUGAUCAAGGUUCACCACCAAGGUCAAGUCUUUGUGUUUUCUCGGUGAAUGUGAAUAGAAAUGUCAAUGCACCGCAGUUUAGUCCAGCCAUUUAUAACAUCAUUAUUUUGGAAACUCAACCUGUUGCUUCAACUAUUGUAUACCUCACAGCAACAGAUGCUGAUAGAAUAGCUCCAUACAACCAGUUCAGUUGCUCUUUUGGAUCUGAUUUACUAGCCACAAAGGGGGCGGACUACUUUACUGUUACAACUGUAAACAAUCUCUGCAACAUCUUGAUAUUAAGAGAUCUGUCUACAGAUUUGAAAACCAACACAAACUAUAGGUUCACAGUACUGGCUACUGAUGGAGGUGGACUACAGAGCUUACCUGCUACUGUGAAUGUAACUGUGAUUCGAAACACUGCUCCAACCAUUACAAACCUUGACCGUAACAUCACUAUCAAUUACAAUGCAUCUACUACAGCAGGAAAUGUUAUAUAUGAUGUGGACUAUACUGAUCCUGAUACUGUGACCCCAUUCAAUGUAGACACAUUCUCUAUCACUGGGGAGAGUGCUGCUCUCAGUUAUUUCCAAAUCAAUCCCAGCUCUGGAGUUGUAAGUCUUCAGCAGUCUCUUGUUGGCUCAGGUCCUGAUUCCUUCAGAGUGAAUGUCAGAUUAUGUGAUGGAGGAAAUCUGUGUGACAGCAAGACUCUGGUUAUAAAUGUCAACAGAAACUUGGUUGCCCCUACAUUUGGUCAAGCCCUGUACCAAGUGACCAUCCCUGAAGACCAAGCUGUGCUGUCAAGCAUCCUGACAGUGCAAGCUAAUGAUGCAGAUUUAGCUCCUCCUUACAACACAAUUACUUAUAGAAUGGUACAAACCAAUGACAGAUUCUCAGUUGACAGUGAUACUGGUAUAAUUCGUGUUAAGUCACCACUAACAGGAGAAACUAUAUCAGGUGUUUCAUUUAAUAUGGAAGCUGUAGAUGGAGGAAGAUUAGUGAGUGUACCCAUUACAGUCAUUGUGAACAUUACCAGAGACCAGUACAGCCCUGUCUUCUCCACUGCAAGCUGUGACCAGCCCAUUAGUGCCAAUAUUAACACAGGGACACUUGUCCUGACUGUCUCUGCUACUGAUAAUGAUACUUUGCCACGUUUCGGAACAGCUUCUAUAAGAUACAGCCUAAUAGGUGAUGAUGGAGCACCUUCUUUUUUUAACAUCGACAGUACAAAUGGGCAAAUAACAGUUCGAAGCGGACUCACCUCAAACAGUGCUGACAUCUAUAAGUUGAGAGUUGAAGCAAGAGACGGACUUGGUAAAACAGACGUAAAAGUGUGUACAGUCACAGUCACUAGAAAUCUAAAUGAUCCCAGAUUUGAUGUUGUUGCUUACAAUGCCAGGAUAUUGGAAACUCAGCCAAUAGGAGUUUCAGUCACUCAAGUCAGAAUUGCUGAUGCUGAUACAAGUGCACCAAGCAAUCAAGGCAAUUUUUCACUAUCUGGAAAUGCUGAUUGCAUUGAGUACAUGCAAAUUAAUGAGUUUUCUGGAAUUAUUUCAGUCAAGAAAGAUCUCAGGUUGAAUUUAGCACGGCCCACACUGUAUACUUGCACAAUAACGGCCAGUGACAGAGGUGUCCCUCCUCGUAGUGCCACCAACACUGCCACUGCUACUGUUACUGUGGUCUACAAUACUGCUCCAUACUUUGAUAAGGACGUGUACAUUGCCAACAUUUCACGCACAGUUACAGACAACACAUUGUUAGUUACAUAUGCUGUCACUGAUAAUGAUGUUGAUGCCCCAUUUAAUAGCCUGUUUGUGUACAUCUCUGGUGGAAAUGAUGCCAGGUUCUUCAGAGUGGAUAAUCAACUGAAACAGAUCUUUGUAAAGAACACUGCAGACAUGGCUCUUGAGUCAGACUCUAAAUAUGAGGUUUUCAUUACUGUUGUUGAUGGAGGCAGCCCACCUUUGAAUGACACAGCUGUUGUCACCCUGUAUGUCACUCGUAACAUUGCUACACCCUCCUGUGUCAAUCCAAACCUUGUAACUAUCAAUUACACUAAGCCCCUGGGAGUUCCAGUAGUAGUUGUCAAUGCCACUGAUGCAGACCCUGUGCCACCUAUGAACACAGUGACAUACUCACUCGUAAACUCAGCCCCCCAAAUCUUGCAGUAUUGGCUGAUUGACCCAUCAACUGGUUCACUUUCUCUCAGAGCUCCAUUGCCAUCUUCAGGUGUCUCUGGUUUCCAGAUUCAAGUUGUAGCCAGAGAUGGGGGUUUCCCUUCACUCUCCAGCACCUGCUCAGUACAGAUUAAUGUCAAUACAGAUUCUGACAGACUCAGAUUUGAUAUUGAUAAUAGAAAUGUAACUAUUCCAGAAACAACAGGUGUGAACACUGUCAUAGACACUAUAUCUGCUUCACCAACACCUGACAUUACGUACAGUGUUAUUGGAACGGAUACAGCCCCAACAUAUUUCAGUGUUGUCCCAGGAACAGGACAAGUGACUGUUAUCCGUGACCUACGUAGUGAUCCAGCCAAAAGGUUACAAUACAUUCUCUUAGUGAAAGCAGUAAAAACGUUCCAAGUCACCACACAGGAAGCUACCGGCACGGUCACCAUCAGUGUACAGCGUAACAUAAAUGGUCCUGCUCUGAGCAACUCUAUCUAUGAGACAACUAUUAACAAUGAUGCUUUCAUCGGAACGUCUACCAUACAAAUAAGUGCCACAGAUGCAGAUAAUGACACAUUGUUGUACACAGUGCAGGCCCCUACAGCCGGCUCAGACUACUUCAGUGUCAGUGCAACCACUGGUUUAAUCAGCGUAGCUAGGCCACUGUCAACUAUUCCAGUCAACACAACUCAGUUCAAUGUAAUUGUAAGUGAUCAGUUCAUUGGGACUCCCAAGAGUGCCACAGCAACCAUUAUCAUCCAUAUUGUUGGUGAUCGUCCUCCAUAUUUUGUCAAUCCCAACACUUACAAUACAAACAUCAACUUCAAUCAAGCUGCCAACUCCAACGUUUUCACAGUCACUGCAACAGACCCAGAUCUACAGGGUUCCAUUGUGUAUGAAUCAAACUGUGGUCUACUAUCUGCACCAAGUUAUUUUGGAGUCAACAGCAGCACUGGUUCAAUCUAUCUCAGAUCAAGUUUGACAACUGACCCAUACACCACUUCCUACCAGUUGUGUUUGGUAGCAUAUGACUCUGUGAGGCCCAACAACAGAGCAACAGCAACUAUGACCAUUGGUGUCAACCGUAACCCAAGCAAACCAUCCUUCACACAAACAAAUUACAUUCAAACUGUGUAUGAAACUGCACCAUAUGGUACCAACAUGUUUAAUCUAACAGCUACUGAUCCAGAUGGGCAAAGUGUUGAGUAUAAAGUGCUGAGUUGGAAUCCCUCCAAUUGUAUCCAGUUUUUCAAUCUGCAUCCCAACACUGGCCAGUUUACAACAGCAGGGAAUCUGUAUCUGUCAAGGAGUAACACACAAUGCACAUUCCAAUUCACUGUCAAUGAUGUGGCCACCCCAAGUCUUAGUGGAGAUGUACAGGCCUCUGGUGUCAUUACAUUUGUGAGAAAUGAUUUCAUACCAGCUUUCCCUAAUGCUGAAUACACCAUAACCAUUGAUGAAACCUUGGCGAGCUUAUCACAAGUGUUUGAUGUCAAUGCCACAGAUGGUGAUGCUCCAGAGAAAGACUUUGGGGAUAUAGAAUAUCUAGCAAUCGGAGAUGAUGCUGCAUCCAAUUUUUUCUCUGUAAAUCCAUCUAAUGGUGUUAUAACAUUAAUCGGCAACUUGAGAACUGACAACACUCCUCGAUUCAAUGUGCGUGUCGUUGCCAGGGACAAUGGCCAGCCUCGUCUAAGUGGCACAACUUUAGUCCAUAUCAAUAUAAACCGCAAUCUCUAUUCACCAUUAAUUAACAACAAUCAAGGAACUAUUAGCAUCACAGUGUUUGAAGAUGAUCCUAUAGUCAAUCCAAUUUUCAGCUUCAACUUUACAGACCAGGACAGUGCUGGCCCACAACAAACAGUAACAUGGGGCAUACAGUUCAACUCUGUUAAUGACCAAAGGUAUUUCACUAUCAACCAACAAGGCCAAGUGUAUAUCUCUGUACCUCUCUAUUGGGAUGAUUCCAACAAGACUCCUUACACUUUCACUGUCACAGCGACCAACAAUGAUGGUUCAGGAAAAAGUGGUUCAAUCUCAUGUACAGUCAAUGUGAAUCGUAACUUGUUUCCACCACGUUUCAGUCAAUCUGUUUACACUGUCAAUAUAAGUAGCUCAAAUUCAGUACCAGUAGUAGUCACUGCUGGAGUGGCCUCUAGUGAUCAGGAUACUUUUGCACGCUAUCAAGUUUUGAAGUAUGAAAUUAUCAAUGAUGGUGUGUACUCUCAGCUGUUCAGUAUUGAAAACACAACAGGGCUAAUUAGACUGAUCCAACCAAUAGAUCAAAGAACUGAGAACACUUACAAGUUUGAGAUAAGAGUUCUGGAUGGUGGUACACCACAGCUGAGUGAUGUAGCCUCAGUGGUCAUCAAUGUCAACAGAAACCUUUACAGGCCAGAGUUCUUAGUGGGCAAUCAGACCUUAACUCUGUAUGAGGAUCAAGCCACAGCAGUGAUCACCAGAGUGACAGCCAAGGAUAAUGAUGUACUGUCUCCCUUUAACCAAUUGGUCUUCACUCAAGUAACAUUACCCAACUAUUUCGCUACUGACUCAUUGGGUCAAAUUUACCUCAAGAGUCCACUAAAUUUAGCUGGCACUCCAGACAACUUCAUACUACAGAUUAGAGUGUGUGACCUGGCUCCACAACCUUUAUGCUCACUACAAGACGCUUAUGUUUUCAUCAAUGUUAUCCGUAAUCAUGCACCUUAUUUCCUGAAUACACCUUAUGUUAGAACCUUACAGACUCUUUCAGUAGGGGAUAAUGUGCUCAACGCAACUGCAAAGGAUGAUGAUGACAUAACCACAAGAUUUGGACAGAUCAGUUUUGAUCUUAUUGGAGAUGAUGGUGCUGAGAGCAGAUUCUCUAUUGAUAAAACAACUGGCAGAAUUACUGCAACCAGUGUUACUGGAGGAAGUCAGGGAGGUGUAUUUAGAAUUCGUAUCAGAGUAUGUGAUGGGGGUAAUCUGUGCAACACCACUGUUGGUAUCGUCAGCAUCAGUAGCAACCUCUAUCCUCCAACCUUGGAUAAAACAAGCUACCUCCAACAGAUCCCCGAAACCCAACCUUAUGGAGAAACCAUCAUCACCGUUACUACCAAUGAUCGAGAUGCUACAGCUCCAAACAAUGUAGUGGAAUGUGAGCUCCUGAAUGGUACAUCCAAUGAUAGAAGCCUUGAUUGUUUUGGUGUGAACCCAACAUUUGGUUUGAUCUUUGCCAAGAGAAGUAUCAGAGAACCACCUUGUAAUGGCAGUGACCAAUACAAUUUCAAAGUCCGCUGUAGUGACAAAGGUAGCCCAGUAUUGACCAGCAACCCUUCAGAUGUCACUAUUACCAUUGUUCGUAACCAGAAUCCUCCAAGAUGGGAUAGAGCAAUUUACAAUUUCACUAUUCCCAUGAAUUUGACUGUCAACACAGUAGUUGGGACUAUCAGAGCAACUGAUGCAGACCCUCUGAGUCCUUUUGGUACACUGAGUUACUCUAUCAUAGGAGGUGCCAAUGGUAACACUUACUUUACUAUCAGCCCGAUUGAUAACAAUAAUGUCAACGUGAUCUUGUCUAACACUGUCAGCAACACACUUGAUCAGGACUACCAGAUUCUAGUUCUUGUACAAGACAGUGGCAUUCCACGUCGUCAAGACUUGACUGAAGUAAACAUCCAUGUAAACCGUGGCCUCAAUCCUCCCUUCUUUACAACGCUAGUCUACAACUUCCAGGCGUAUGAAAAUGAUCCUCUGGGUAUAACAAUAGGAACAUUACUUGGUGCUGAUAAUGAUCUUUAUUCUCCUUGGAAAGAUUACUACUUCAGACAAUUGUCAGCAGAUUCUUAUUUCGCUAUUAGCCCCAAUGGUGCAGUGUAUGCUUAUAAAGAUCUGACCUUAGAUAAUACUUUUUCUGAAUCAUAUACUCUUACAGCACAAAUCUAUGAUGGUGGAUUUCCUUCAUUAGUUGGAAGUCAGAAUGCCACCAUUAACAUAAGAGUCUUCAGAAACAGGAACUGUCCCAGGUUUACAAAUCUGCCCAACAGUAUCACAAUCAACAGGAAUACAACUGUCGGUACUGUCAUUUACAGAGUGCAGGCUGUUGAUAAUGACACAAAUAGUCGCUUUAACAGAACAACACUAGAAGGAUUUAAUGACAACCUGGCAUUUGCCAACUUUGAUUUUGAUGUUCAAACAGGUGAUGUGAAAGUGAAAACUACUCUGGAUUCUAGCCAAUACCUGUUGAGAUUCCUGGCAAGAGAUGGCUAUUGUGAUCCCACAUCUGGUUUACUGACAGUUAAUGUUGUUCGCAACCUGUCACCACCUCAAUGGUCUAAAAGCAGUGAUAAUAUUACAAUCUUAGAAAUACAAGACACAGGCUCCUCCAUCUACAACUUGAAUUCUAUAGCCAGUGAUCCAGACAGUCCAGUGUUCAGCUAUGAAUUUGCUUCUGGCAGUCCAAAUACAAAUAGGUUUUACUUUGACACACAAGGACGUAUUUAUUUGAGUAGGACUCUAGUAGGACAAACAGGGGACCCAUACCAGGUUCAGUUCCGACUGAAUGAUGGCACUUUAACCAGCAGUGUCUUCACCCUUACAGUAAAUGUCAUUCGUAAUCAUGCCCCAACAUUGACCAUCAAUCCAGUGUCCAUCACACUUGAUAGUAGCACGGCUCUGAAUACAGAAGUUUUCAGGUGUAAUGGAAGUGACCCUGACUCAGUGGUACCAUUCAGCCAGUUCAAGUUUUCUCUGCUGCCUGACUUUCCAGUAUCAAGCAUUUUUACAGUGGAUCCAGUCACAUGUGCCAUCAGACUUUCUAACUCUUUGAACUUCAAUUCACAAGGAACUUACACACUUCGAAUUCAAAUUCUGGAUGAUGGAACUCCCCAACUUGGAGAAAUAAAAAGCUUAAACAUCAAUGUGAACAGAAAUCUGGCUAGACCAAUUUUUACACUGAACCAGUAUACUCAGACAAUCCUGGAGAUAAAACCUGUAGGGGAGACUAUUCUGAAUGUGUCUGCUACUGAUAGUGAUGUCUUUGCACCAAAUAAUCAAGUGACAUAUGCUUUGGUGAACCCUGGAACAUCACAAACUGCAGACUAUUUUGAGGUUAAUCCAGUAACUGGGGCAGUGUACUCCAAGAGGUGGCAAGUCUUUUUCCCUGACAAAACUAUCACAACAUUCACUUUUGAUGUGAGUGCCACAGACAAUGGUGUGCCACAACUGACUGCAACAGCCAACGCUAGAGUCACCAUAACAGUCAUUAGAAAUACUGCUCCAUAUUUUACAAACACCAACACUUAUCAGAGAACUAUCAACAAGAAUUACCCUGAAGGAACCUCAGUGUUUACUGUAACUUAUGGAGACAAUGAUCAAGUAGACCCAUUCAAUAAGACCACAUUGAGCAUUAGAGGUGAUGGCAAUGCUCCAUCAUUCUUUGAGAUUAAUCAAAAUGGUGUCAUUAGCCUCAAGAAUGGCUCCAACUUACUGACAUCAUCAAUCAACAACUUUACAAUUCGCGUACAAGUACAAGAUGCUGGUAUACCCCCACUCUCUGCCGAAGCCUUUGUUUAUAUCAAUGUGACUAGAAACUUCAAUCCCCCAGUUUUAACAAGUCUUACUGUCAGAAUUCCAUACACAUCCAGCAGUGGAUCUCUGGUUACUUCAUUGAAGGCUACAGACCCGGAUCUUACUGGUCCAGAGGGCACCGUUCGUUACCAAAUAGUGAGUGGAAGUCAACUAAACAGCAUCAACUACUUCUUCCUGCAUCCAGAGACUGGAGAUGUAACAUUGAUAGAUAAUAGAAAUCUGGUCAAUAUUGAUAACUUCACUAUGAUCAUCAGAGUGUAUGACCUGGGCACUCCCUCUUUGGACUCCACUGCCACCCUGACUGUAGUUAUCCAGAAAGAUGUCUCCACUCUCACAGUUCCAAACUACAAUUGGACAGUGAAUGAAAAUAUUUCUCUUUCUUCAGUUGUUGGAUCAGUUUUAGCCUUUCCAAGUGACUCUGUCACAUACUCAGUUGUAGGCUUCCCUCCUGCCACUAACUUCUUCAACCUUAGUGGAUCUAGUGGUCAGAUUGUGGUCAUCAGAAACUUAACUGGAGAUCCUAUCACACAGUACACUAUGAUAGUAAGAGCAAGCCGCAACACUGGCCUGACUGUGCAAUCUGCUGAUUCUACUGUGGUGAUUAAUGUUUUGAGAAACCUGAAUGCACCUGUCUGCAAUACCAGCACUUAUAACGUACCUAUCCCAGAUAUUACUGACAUUGGAUCAGUUGUUACUACUGUGUUUGCUACUGAUGCUGAUCGGGAUGUCUUGGAGUAUAGUUUUGUUGCCAAUUCUGGUGAUUUCUCCUAUUUCUAUAUUCACCCACGUACUGGUGUCAUAACGCUCAUCCGAUCUCUGAUUGGUACCACGGUCAACACUUAUGAUUUCCAAGUUCAAGUUCGUGACAACAAGCAACCAGAAAAGUUUUGCUAUUCAGGUGUUGCUGUCAGUGUUUUAAGAGACCUUUACCCUCCACGGUUCUCUCAGCAAAUUUAUACUGGUACUGUCAAUGAAACUUCUCAGAAUGGCUUUGUCGUUACGACUGUAACUGCAACUGAUGAAGAUCUUAAAGGACGUCUGGCCAUUGAAGUGACUGGUAUCAGUACAGCACCAGCAUUCUUUGGUUUCACAACAAUCAAUCAAGAUCCUUUGAAUAAGAGAGCAACUGCUGACAUCAUACUUCAAGAUAGUGCCUACCUGCGUCAGGAUACUUCACAAAAUUAUUCACUGCGUCUGAUCACAUAUGACACAGCCUACCCCAACAGCAGAGCAACAUCCACAGUGUCCAUCACAGCUGUCAGGAAUCCCAAUGCACCAACAUUCAACAUUACCAACUAUGAGAUAACAAUCUAUGCAACUCAACAAGUGGGAUCAGUACUGUUUGGCAACAUUGGUGCCACAGAUAGAGAUGGAGACUCACCACUCCGUUAUACUAUCAGUGGAGAUGCUACAGCCUUGAACUUCUAUGAAAUGAACCCUGACACUGCAGUCAUUAGACUUAAGACAUCACUGCUCAACAGUAAUUCCGUCAGAGAUGUUAUUCAACUCAGUGUGUCAGACCAAAGGAAUCCAGCCAGGUUUGGAAGUGCUACAGCUAUUGUCAACAUCAUCAGAGAUACGAAACCUCCAAGAUUUACAAACAUUCCUGACACCAUAAAUAUUGACGUUGCUCGAACAGCAGCAAGUCAAGUGUUUACCCUUAGUGCUACUGAUGAUGAUAUCAAGGGAAAUCUGACAUACACCCUUAUAUCUGGCUAUGCUGAUUUCUUUAGUCUUGCAAACAGCGGAGUUGGCAACAAUGCAGUAGGACUUGUCACGCUUGCACGUCAACUUAGAGAAGAUGCAUUAAGACAGACUACUUACCAGCUGAGGUUCAGAGUUUAUGACAACGUCUUCCCUGACAGUUUUGAUGAGAAAGUCUUGACUGUGACCACUGUCCGAAAUCCCAACCGCCCAGUUUGUAAAGAUCCUACAGUUGUUAGAACUAUUGACGUCAAUGCCAAAAUAGGAGACAUCAUCUACACGAUGAAUGCAACAGAUUUAGAUGGGGACACAAUCCUAUACACCUUUGAUGCUAACACUACAGAUGCAGAUGAUCGACGUUACUUUUAUGUAGAUCCAACUACUGGACAGGUCAAGCUUAUCGAUGUCAUAAGCACUUCAGGAAUCACCAGCUUUGCUUUUACUGUAAUUGCAAGCGACCAAGCCUACCCAGCUCCAUUGACAUGUGCCACCACUAUGUCAUUCACUGUAACGGCCGCUGACAAGGCUCCAUAUUUCGUACCAGUGGUUUACAACUGGAGCAUACCAGAAACUGCUUAUUUCACUCUUCCUCAAAUUACAGUGAAUGGAUUCGAUGAUGACCGAGUGGGUAACCUGCAAUACAGAAUAAUUGGAAACUAUUCUGCUCCAUUAUAUUUUGGAGUAAGGCGAAAUAGCUCUCUACCUGCCAGUAGUGGAACAAUUUAUGUACAAGAGAACAUUAAGCCAGAUAAUGACCUUGUCUAUCAGAUUGUAGUAGUGGUCUAUGAUGAUGCCAGACCACAGCUGAGCGGAACAGCCACAGUGUCAGUCAGUGUGACUCGUAACCCAAGCAGCCCUGUGUUUUCAUUGCCCAGCUACAAUGCCACGUUCCAUGAGCUGGAGCCUAUUGGAUAUAACCCUGUGAAUGUUUCCGCAACAGAUGCUGAUGGUGAUACUAUUACAUACAGUUUUGUAAGAACUGGCGUAGAUCAAAAACCUUUACAAUAUUUUGACAUUCACCCUCUGACUGGAAGAAUUUCUGUCAUGAAAAGAGUUUAUGAAGAUCCAGACAAAUCAGGCUCAUACAUUCUGACAGUCCAAGCCAGUGACAACCGGCAGCCACCCAAUGUUAGACAAGCUAAUGUCACAUUGUUCAUUAUAAGAAACAUUUACCACCCGAUAUUCAGGUCAACCCCUUACAAUGUCCCUACACUGUCAGAAAGCACUCCCACUGGGACAAUUGUCUAUAGGACAGUCACUGCCACUGAUCAAGAUGCCAAAGGUCCAUUAGUUUAUGAAGAGAUCAGCAACACCACUGCUGCAUACUACUUUAACAUUGACAGGAACAAUGCUUCAAUCACAUUGGUCAAUAGUCUUCUUGCUGGAAACUUACAAACAUACCAGUUUUAUGUAAGAACCUAUGAUCCAGAGUAUCCUUUAGACUAUGUCGAUGAAGUUGUAAACAUCCCGGUCAAUCGUAAUGAGUACGCUCCAGUUUUUGACAGUGCCUCCUACGCAGUGACUAUCAAUGAGACAGACCCAGUAGGCAGAAAUAUUUUAACUGUUAAUGCUAAGGACAAUAACACUCAGGACAUUGUUACAUAUUAUGCCACUGGAGAAAGUGAUACCUUGAACUUAUUUAACAUACUGAGCAAUGGACAGAUCAUCAUCACCAACAGUCUCCUAGGAAUACCAAAAGACACUUACACAAUGAAUGUCUUUGCUCGAGAUAAUGGCACUCCACAAAGACAAACACCUGUCACAGUGUCCAUCACAGUUAUCCGUUUCCCUGGCAACCCAGUGUUUAACAAUGGCCCAUGUGUGGACACAAUAAGUGAGAAUAGACCAUUGGGAAAUAUCAAUUAUGUACUGAAUGUUACCGAUACCAGAAACUUGGGUCCGCUAGUGUUUGAAGAGACUGGUGAGUUCUACCCAGCCCCUUACUUUUUCAAUGUUAGUAACCUGGGCUUCAUUUCACUGACUCAGAACCUUAGAAACAGCUCCAUGAAAGAAACCCAGCUUAACUAUGCUGUGAGAGUGUAUGACUCCUUGAGACCAAAUCGUAGAGUGGAAAUACUCUGUAACAUCACGGUGCUGCGAAACCAAUAUGCUCCAACAUGGACACUGCCAUCAUACAGUGCUGAAAUCAAAGACAGCCACCCUGUUUAUGGAUCUGUUGUGGUUGUGACAGCUACUGAUUUAGACCCAGGGGAUGUCAUCAGCUAUUCUAUCAUCAAUGAAACCCAACAAAGAGACCUCAACUCUGGACCUUCAGUGUAUUUCUUCAUUGACACUGCCACUGGCCUCAUCAGUCUGAGAAAAUCUGUCAAGGGAACAAACAUUAAAAGCUUCAUUCUAAGAGUCAUGGCCUGUGACAAUGGCUACCCACAGAAGUGUAUAACUACUGAUGUUCCCAUCACGGUGAACUAUACUGGUAUCUACCCCGUUUUCAUAAAGAACGAGACUGCACAAAUCAUCGACACCUUAGCUGUUAACAGUUGGGUUGCUCAGCUUACAGCUACAGAUGCAGACAUGGCUAGCACAAGUUCUAUUCAGUAUGGCUUUGUGAAUCCACCACCAGCUUACUUUAAUUUAAAUCCAGACACUGGCAACAUAACUUUAGCCAAAUCUGUACUCUAUGAUAAUUCUCCAUCAUACCAAUUCUAUGUGACUGCAAUAGACAAAGCUGAUCCAGACAGAGUAGCAACGGCAGCUGUUACAGUUUUUGUUAUCAGAAAUCAAGAAGGACCAGCGUGUCGGUUCAAGUCUAAUAGCAUUAGCAUUUUUGAAUACACUUCUGUACCAUCCUUGGUAUUUACACUGACAGCCACUGACAAAGAUGGGGAUAUUCCAGAAUAUACACUCAUUAAUGUUUCACCUCCACAAAACAACAGUGAUCCAAUAUUCUUUAUGAAUGCUAAAUCUGGUCAACUUUGGCUAUUCAAGAGUCAAGAGAGAACAACAACAACUUUAUACAAUCUUACUGUUCAAGCAUCAGACAAUCGUCUAGUGAAUCCCAAGUCAGAUCUCUGUUACAUUAUAGUAACCAUAACUUUAGAUCAGCCUCCUUUUUAUACCAAUCCCAAUGCCAACCGCAACAUCAGUGAGUUUACUAACCUUGGAGUCAUCAGCAGAGUGCAGGCCACAGAUCCAGACCUACAGGGUCAGAUACAGUACUCGCUUGUUGGGCUUUACCCAGACCAGAGUUUCUUCUCUGUCAACUCAGUAACUGGAGAUAUCAGCUUAGUACGCUCUUUGACAACUGAUCCAGUCAAUCAGGCAUCAUAUACUUUAAGAAUUGAAGCUUAUGAUAGCUUGCGCCCAAAUCGUCGAGCCACUCAGGAUGUUGUUAUAUCCGUUGUUCGCAAUUCCUAUGGACCAGUGUUUUCACCGCAGCGAUAUGCUCAGACUAUUUCAGAAACCUUUCCAGUGGCAUCAUCUGUUCUUUUAGUAACUGCCACUGACCAAGAUAAUGAGACUUUGAGCUACAACAUCUCAGCCUCAACUGAUGAUGGUUUGAACUUUUUCUUCAUGGAUGGCCCAACACUCAGAACUAAAGCUGAUCUUAGAUCUGCAAAGAACAAUAGUUACACGCUGACUAUAACAGCAACAGAUCCAAGGGGAAGAACUUCUAGUGCAUUUGCAGACAUCACCAUCACUAGAGUGGCAGGGGACCGUGCUCCAGUAUUUGAUCUCAGCCCCUACACUACAAAUAUCAACCAAAACCAGGCACUGAAUGUGCAGAUAAUAGACACCAAUGCAGUGGAUCCAGAUAUUCCUACUUUACCAAACCGAGUUAAGUAUGAAUUGGUGGCUCCUGCAGACUCCAACUACUUUUCUAUCAACAGAGACACAGGUGUCAUAAGUGUCAACAAGUCACUUCGAUCUGAUCCAUACAACAAUGCCUUCUACACUUUGGAACUCUAUGCUUUUGAUGAACAAAACCCAGCUCUAAAGGGAAAAGCUUAUGCUGUUAUCUUUGUGGAUCACAAUCCUAAUGCCCCAGCGUUUACUCUACCAAGCUAUUCUGCUACCAUUCCAGAUUACUUCAGUUUAGGAGGCAGCGUACUUGGUGUUACUGCCACAGACGCAGACAAUGAUACUGUCAAGUACUACAUGCUCACGGGGGAUGCAAAUGGUGCAGCUGCUCAUCAAUUCUUUGACAUCAGUCCAAAUGAAGGAAUAGUUCGUGUCAUUCAGAAUCUUGCAUUAGCUCCACAAGAUCUAUACACAUUCCUUGUCACUGCUUUUGAUUCUGCUACUCCUACAAAAACAGCCACAGCGUCAGUUACUAUAACCAUAACUAGAGAUAGGUUUGCUCCAACUUGUCCAUCAGGACGAAACAGUACAUCUGUGGAUGAAACUGCGAUGGUCAACAGCCCAAAUCCAUUAUUUAAUUUUGUAGCCACUGAUCAAGAUGGGAAUGUGCCCGCACUAGUCUAUGAGGCAAGUGGUAAUGGAUUAGGCAGAGUCUUCUUCUUUAUCAAUUCAACAACUGGAGGAGUCUAUGUGAAUAUCCCCUUAACUUCAACCAGUGUUAACAGAUUCGAGCUGGAAGUAGCUGUCUAUGACCCCAGGAAUCCAGCAAAGAAAGGGUUUUGCAAUGCUACAAUCACAGUCAACAGAGACUUAAACCCACCAGUCUUUGAGAGAAAUAUAGUUACCUUCAAUCUGAAUGUCUGGGAGUAUGAAAACUUUGGCUAUGAAGUGUUGGACCUCAACGCCACUGAUGCAGAUGUAAAUGACUUUGUGCGCUAUUACCUUGAUGGUGAUAGUGUGACUAAUGCCUUCUUUGAAGUGGAUGACGUCACUGGUAAACUGACUCUCCGACAGCCUCUACAUGGAAAUUCAAGAAAUACUUAUCAGUUUAAUGUUGUUGCUAAUGAUGGACGGCUCAGAAAUGCUACAGCUUCAGUCACUGUGAAUGUAAUCAGAGACAAGAUCCCAUACUUUGUGAACUUGGUGACUGUAGUGAAUCUUCUAGAGACUCAAGCUGUUGGCUCUAGUGUACUCAAUGUCACAGCUCAAGAUGAUGAUCGAAGGGGUGUGAUUCAAUAUUUGUCAACUGGUAGAGGAUUGGCAGAGAGCUUCUUCCAGAUCAACACUUCCACUGGAAGCAUUACAUUGCUAAGAAAUCUGUCCACUGACAUUAGUGGGUUUUACGAUCUUGAGAUCUACGCUUAUGAUUCAGUGCUGCCAUCUGUAAGGAGCAAUGCCGGAGUGAUCAGAUUUAACAUCAUACGCAACCAGUACCCUCCUGUGUUCCAGUUCUUGCCAUACAACUUCUCCAUUGAUGUAGAUACUAAUGGUAACACAUUGGGCCUGUUGGUCGGACGUGUCAAUGCAACUGAUCGUGAUGGUGACAUCCCCUAUUACACUCUGAUAAGUAAUCAAGAUAACUCUGGCAACUACUUCUUCUUGGACAGAAACACAGGCAACAUUUACUUAAUCAACUCACUGGCUAAUCUUCCAGCUACACAAACUCUGUUCAGGUUCUAUGUGACGGCCACCGACAGGCUCAUUCUCCCACAGACAGCACAGGAAUUAGUCACAGUCAACCUGGUUAGAGACCAGUUUUCUCCAACAUUUGGAUCUACCAAUAUUUUUAAUGUAACAGUAGAUGAGCACAGACCUGUUGGUUUUUCACUGCUUACUCUGGUGGCUACAGAUAGCAAUUUACAGGGGCGCAUAACUUAUCUGGUGACCGGCAUUGAUCCUGCUGACAGUUUCUUCACAGUUGGAGCUACAAAUGGAGUUCUUUCAAUCAAAAGAGAUCUCAGAUUGGAUAUUAUACCCAGAAGAGAUUAUACUUUGACUCUUGUAGCCUACGACAGCACAUUCCCCAACAACAGAGCCUCUGCCACUGUGUAUAUCACUGUCACUAGAAAUGUCAACAGCCCUCAGUUUACAACAUCACCUAUAUAUGUUACUGUCUCAGAAACUAAAUCAACACAAGAUAUCGUUGUCAGUGUCAAUGCCACAGAUAAUGAUAAUGACACAAUCAGCUAUCUUCUUGUCAGUGACAAAAAUGGAGGUGAUGGACUGUCUUUCUUCUACAUUGAACCCAACACUGGCAGGAUUUACCUGAGACGACCACUCACUGAGAGUACUAACAAUGCUUACACUCUUGUUGUAAGAGCAACAGAUUCAGGCAACCCACAAAAGUCAAAUGAUACUGAUGUUAUUGUGACCAUUAAACGAGCGGAACGACCUGUCUUCAUUAUUAAUCAAGAAACCAUCUCUAUUCCAGAGACCCAAGCCAUUGGGAGCUCUAUUUACAACUUUGUGGCAACUAAGCCUGGAGCUACUAUCGGCUAUGAAGUUGUUGGUAAUGGCAUUGCACCUUAUCUCUUCGACAUCUCGAGCAAUGGCACUGUCAUUGUUAAAAAUAGCCUCAGAGGUUUCAAGGACAUGUCAUACACACUUGCUAUCAAUGCGUUUGAUACCGCUGCCCCACAGUUUAAGACUCCAGCAUUGCUGACCAUUAAUGUAAAAAGGAACGUGAACACACCAGUUUUUACAACCACCAACUACUAUGCUAAUGUCUCACAGAAUACUGUCCCUUACACAAAACUUGUUGAUGUUCAGGCCAAUGACACUUUAGAUGGGGACACCAUCACCUACAGAUUGACUGGACCACAAAUUUGUUUGAACAGCUUCCGGGUAAUCGCCACAACGGGAGAGUUUUUGUUGGUUGUUCCACCAAGUACUUUGCCUAAUGGAACUCUAGAUUGUAUAGUAGAAGCUACAGACAAUGGAUAUCCAGUUCCAAAAAACACCACCACGACAGUUCAUGUCUCCAUAUCCAGUGAAGGCUCACCAAUUUUCCAGCCAACGUUAAACAUCACAGUUACUGACACUACCAAUCCAAACUCCAGUCUGGGUCAAGUGACAGCCACAAAGCCUAAAGUCACAGGGCAGAUUCAGUACACACUUGAAGGGGUCUACCCAUCGCAGUCUUUCUUUGCAGUGAAUUCAACGACAGGUGUGAUCACCGUCACAAAUGAUUUGAGAAACGACCCACUUAAACUUACACAGUAUAUACUUAGGAUCUGUGCCGUGGACACUGGUUUCCCUCUCAUAAAGACAUGCACUGAUCAAUAUGUUAAUGUUAACCGCAACCAGUUUAGUCCAGUGUUCUAUCCACCCACGGAUAAAGUGUUCAUUCCAGUAGACACCAGCAUCACAUCGUGGUCACGUCCACUGAAUGUAACUGAUGCUGACAGCUCUAAAGUGACAUGCUCCAUCAUCGGAAAUGCCAAAGCUCAAGAGUAUUUCAAGGUAGACCCCAACACCUGUGUUGUCACUUUAAGAAAGUCCUUGGUAGAUGAUCCAGAUAAAACCACAUUGUACUCCAUCACAGUACAAGCCACAGAUAAUGGAUCUCCUGCUCAGAAAUCAACUGCUCUCCUGGAGGUGCAAGUCAACAGAGAUCUCAACAAUCCAGACAUUAUCAAUUUACCACAGACUACCACUAUCAAUGAAAACAUACCACCUGGAACUUUCAUUUUCAGAGGACAACCUAGAGAUAAUGAUACAAAUAGUCAAGUUGUCUGUGAGUUGGCACCAAGUUCAACCAUUGUGUUCUUCCAGAUCAACUCUUCAACUUGUGAAUUGUUUCUUCGUAAUUCUAUAAUGUUUGACAAUCAAACCGUUUACCAGGUGCCCAUUCAGGUCUACGACAUUAACUGGCCUAAUAAUAAAGUUACUGAAUACCUAACAAUUAACGUGAACCGUAAUUUGAAUGCACCAGUUUUCUCUGGACCUUCCAAUACUACCAUUGCUAACAACUUCCCGCCAGGGGAUACGGUUCUUAUGUUGACUGCCACUGAUGCUGAUGGGGAUCGCCUGACCUUCAGUAAAGUCAAUCCCAAUGACAAUGCCACUAGUAGUUUUAUUGUCGACAGCACCACUGGCAAUAUCAUCUUGGUCAAGCCAUUGUCUGGACCAUCGGUUUACACUUUUGAUGUUAGAGUCACAGACAAUCGUAAUCCAGCCAAGAAUGCCACCAAGACAGUAACAAUCUAUGUCUCUAAUGUCUCCUUCCCUCCAACUUGGGUCAACGCGCCAUACAAUGCUACAGUCAACAUUAAUGCUGUUAUCAACAGUGAAGUAAUAGCAAACGUCAGAGCAGUCAAGCAGAGUCCAGUGGGCACCUUGAAGUAUAGAAUCAUAGGUGGUGUACCAAGUGAUGCAUUAAAUUUCUUUAGAAUAGAGGACACUACCGGUCGUAUCAUUUUGACUAACAGCUUGGUGAAUAGUCCAUCCAUGAAUGCCCGCUCCAGUGUUGUGCUUUUCAUUGAAAGCUUUGAUGACCGAGUCCCCUCAGAGGUGAUCAGUAGUUCAGUCACUAUUUACUUCAACCGUAACCUUAGUCCACCUGUCUUCAUACCUACAACGUAUUAUGCAAAUAUCACUGACUAUGAUCCUCCUGGCACGAGUGUUAUUGCCUUAAGUGCUACUGACAAUGAUCCAUUGCAACCAGAGAACACAAUUAUAUAUAGGCUGGAUCCAAAUAGAAAUCCUGCUGAUUACUUCACUAUUAAUAGCUACACAGGUCUUAUCACGGUCGCGAAGAUGGUUUCCCAAGAUCCUUCAAAAACAAAUAACUACACGCUUUAUGUACUUGCACAAGAUCCAAGCCUUGAGCCUAAGACAGCCACAGCCACCAUUUUUGUCACUGUGUAUCGCAACAAUGCACCCUUCUUUAUCAAUGAUCCUUACACUGCAUCCAUCUCGGACACAAUUGAAGUCUUGUUUACUUUCCUGACUGCAUCAGCAGCUGACCCUGAUGCACAGCGACCAGAAUCAGAGAACAGUAAACUAGACUUCAGUAUUAUUAACACCAACAAUGCUACAGACAUAAGGAAAAUAUUUGGCAUUAACAGUGCUGGACAAAUAUUCCCAGUUCGAUCACUUCAGAAUCUGCCAUCCUCAGUCUAUUCAUUCCAAGUAGUAGUGUCAGAUAGAGGUGUCCCAUCACUGUCAGACACAGCCACAGUAACUGUCACAAUUACAUCCAGUCCUGGCAUAUCAUUUAUACCUUCAACUGCCUUCUACAAUAAACCAGAGAAUAUUCAAACUCCAUCAGUACUUGAAACUGCUAAUGCUACUAAUCAAGGUGGCGCCACUAGUCCCAUCCUUUAUGAGCUCAUAGCUGAUGGUUUUGCCAAGACUGCUUUCAACAUAAGUAAUACAACAGGUGUCAUAACACAGAUUCUCCCAUUCAGCAGUGAUCCUCUGAGGUCUUUGUCCUACUUGCUGACAGUACGUGCAUACAGACAGAGUGACCCAACAAUACAAGCUUACAAAACUAUCAGGAUCAAUAUUGAUAGGAAUCCCAGCACACCAGUCUUCAAACUCAACUCUUUCAGCUUUACCAUUCCAGAAAACCAACCUCUAGGAAGUGUAUUUGGCAAUGUGAAUGCUACUGAUGCAGACUCUGGUACAGCUGGUGACCUGACCUACACAAUAUCUCGAGUCAACAACAACCCAUUGACAAGCUACACUUUCUUCUAUACCAACCCAUCCACGGGUGACAUCUCUCUUACUCGCAGCUUAUUGGAUGAUCGCAAUACUAACUUGUACACUUUCCCUGUCAUUGUGACAGACAAUGGUGUGCCUCAAUUGUCAGCUACUGCAACAGUUGCAGUGAAUGUGUUGAGAAACAUGAAUGGUCCAGUAUUUGUGCCCAAUAACACUUACAAUGUUUACAUCAAAGAGGAUGACCCAGUGGGAAAAUUACUUUUGGACCUGAAUACAACAGAAGCUGAUGGGCAACCAGUCACCUACACCAUUGACAGGAGUGGUAUCAACACUUUGUAUUUCAGUAUAAAUAGCACCACUGGAAUCCUUUCACUGGCAGAGUCUGUGCUGAGAGCUCCUAGCUCUCUCUUCACUCUGACUGUCAUAGCCAGUGACAACCAGCCAUCACCAAGGACUGCUGAAGCCUAUGUCAACAUUUUUGUGUCCAGAAAUCCCAACGCACCCGCCUUCAUCCAGCAGCUGUGGAUAAAGAACAUUUCAGAGUAUCAGGAAGUCAAUGUGCCAUUAAUGUCAGUGUUGGCCAUUGAUCUUGACUCUCCUAAUAGUGACAGUGGAAGAGUGACAUAUUCAAUUGUAAAUCAAACAGCCAUCAGCCCUACACCCACAGGUAGAUUUAAUACUGACUUUUUUACUGUGGGUUCCAACAAUGGACAGAUCUAUUUGUCUAAAGCUUUGACUACAUUAGACUCAGCAGAUGAAUAUGAUAUUUACAUUCGAGCCCAGGAUGGCGCAGUGACCCCCAAGUCUGACAUCACAAGAGUCAACAUUAAGAUUGUCAGAAACAUGUACAAGCCUGAGUUUGUGUCUGGUCCUGGUCCUUUUGUGGCCACCAUCAGCGAGACACAAGACAUCAACUCCAAUAUUCUUAGCGUCUCGGCUGUUGACAAUGACACAAAUGUGCCACUGAGCAAAGGAACGCCUAAUGCUCAAGUACUGUAUGAACUCAGAGAUUUUGUAGAGAGUAACAAACAGAGUCGAUUCUUUGGAGUAACUAGCGAUGGCAUGAUCUACAAGAAACAAGCAACAACAGGGGACACUGGCAGUGAGACCUUUUCAUUCCAAGUUAUCGCAAGUGAUAAUAACUGGAAAAGAAAUUCAUCUUCAGUUGCCAAUGUCAGUAUCACAGUGAGCUAUGUUGGUAAUGCUAACGGAGAACUUGGAUUCAUACAGCCUAUCUUCUUGGAGAGUGUUACAGAAAACACUGCUGUCAGUGAUAUCAAUCGGAUCGUGUACAUGAAAGUUGAGAAUCAAGAAAACAAUCAAGUUUUGUGUACAAUCACUGAGUCAAUAGAUACAUUUGUUGUGAGAGCUAUAGAAAAUGAAAAGAACUGUGCUAUUUAUUUGAAUGCACCUCUGGACAGGGAAACUAAAGACAAGUAUGACUUCACUGUCAAUGUACGCAGUAAGGCACUCACGGAGACUGGCAGGAAGAAGCGUCAAACGUUGUUUAAAUACAAUACCUGGAAAGAAGCUCGAGUAGUAAUACAGGUUAUUGAUGUCAAUGACAAUGCCCCACAAUGGGUUUACGUACCAUAUCCUAGAAACACUGUCAACCCACCAUCAGGCACCCAAGGCAUUUUUAUCACUGCUGUAGAUAACUCUUCAUCCACAGACACAGUUGCCAUUCAACUGAAGGCUACUGAUCCUGAUGAAGGCCUAAAUGGUGAAGUAAGAUAUUCUCUGGACAUUGACACAUCUAACCCACCACCCUUUAGGAUAGACACUGUCAGUGGUAACCUGUACACCAAAGACUUUACUUCAGAGGACAGGGCCAGCAAGGCACUCCCAUACACAUUGAUGGCUCAGGCUUAUGACCUAAGUGUUCAAGACCUUGGAUCUAAAUCUGUCAGAGCCAAUGUUUAUGUCAACCUGAUUAGAGACAACAAUCGUUUUGUAAUGGUGUUGAAUAAGAAAGCCUACGCAGAUGUCAUCUCACAAAAGGAAAUAUUCAGAUCAGCCAUACAGAAUGCCUCAGACCUAGUUAUAAUAAUAGAGAGAAUUGAGCCCAAGAGAACUAUUGAAAAUGGGGAAAUCAAAGUAGAUUCUCAAUCAACUGACAUUACAUUUGUAGCUGCUGUGACCAAAGAAUGGUAUCAGUUGGUCAACCGUACUGAUCCAGAGGCUACCAACCUUUUGACAUCACUGGAUGCCAUCACUAAAAUAAGGAAUGUUCUAGGGGGAUCACUAAACACAACUAUUGAAACCAUCCGUCCACCCUACGGCAGCAAUUUAGUAAUUCGUAACAUGUUGACCAAGUCCUACAUCUGGUGGAUGGAUGAUCCUUGGGCAGCACUCAUUGCCCUAGCCGCCAUCAUCAUCUUGCUUUGCAUUGUGGGCAUUAUUGUCAUCAUCUUCACUUAUGCCAGAUAUAUGAAGUACAUUGCUCAGUAUGGAAAAUAUAUGGAAAAUUCAGCUUUUGAUAAUCCUGACUUUGUAGAGCCAGCAGCAUUUAGAGAAUAUGAAACACAGAGCUUAAAUAUGUAUGUCCCUCCUGAUGAAGCCAUUCCUGACUACGGUGAAGUCAACAUGACAUUAGGUUCCUCAGGAGUUGAACAUGCUACUCACACUAAUCAUGACCCCAGAGUAGCUGCGGCUGUGAAUCCCAUAUUCCAAGGAGAUGUGAACCAACCCUUAGAACCCCACCAGCACUCUAGGCCAGAUAACUUAACCAUGUUGUAACAACUCUCCAUGUAGCUUGUUUUUUUUUUAUAUAUUAUUUUGUUUUGACCAAGACAUUUAGAAACUUCAGAAUCAACAAUGAACAAAUCAAACCUGUUAUUCUACAAAUGAUCGAUUAUACAUAUCACGCUAUGUAUGUUGUUAAUGCCAAACAAAUCACUGUCUUGUUCAACAUAAUUUUUAAUUAAAAUUGAAAUUUUAGUUUUGACUUUUUAACAAAACAAACAUUGUACAACAAGACCACUGCUGCCUUCAUUUUUAUUGUUAUUAUUAUUUAUAGAAAUAUUUUUAUAUACUUUUUUUUUAUUAACUGUUUUGAUACUGAAUGCUCAACAAUAUGGUGAGUUUAUUAACUUGUGAACUUUUGACUUUGGAUCUCUCUCUUUGCUUAUUAUUGAAUUGUAGAGUUAUUUACACAAAACUUGUUUUACAAGUUGUUAAAAUUUACUGUAAAUCAAUUCAUGUAUUUGUAUACCAUUUGCUUCUUAUACAUUCCACAUGUAAAUUCCUGUUAUCUAUUGUAACAAAAAUUGCUUCAAAAUUUGUCUGCUAUGCAUUUUAUAUGCAACAUUCCUGUUGUCUAUUGUAACAAAAAUUGUUAAAAAAAAUUAUUGUGUGAUAAAUGUUAAAGUUGUGAUAUUAAAAAGAUCAAACUUUUGUGUAUGUGUGUGAUAUCCUAAGAAACUAAAAUAUAUUUCAGAGAGAUAUGUUGUGGUUCUUUUUGUUUUGAUAAACUCACCUAUUCAUUGAUGCAUCUUUAUUUCAUAUCAACUUAUUUAUAUAUGAAUAAAACCAUUCCUUACAUUUACACAAA